AUGGCGCGCUUCGACCCGAAGAAGCUGCUGCAGGGCCUCGCCUCAGGCAGCGGCCCGCUCGUGGCGGCGGGCCUGGGCGCGAUCGGGGGCGCCGCGUACCUCGGGAAGAGCACCUUCUACACGGUGGACGGGCUCCACUUCGCGAUCCCGUGGCUCGAGAGGCCGAUCAUAUUCGACACCCGCGCGAGGCCGCACACCAUGACGUCCCUGACCGGGAGCCGCGAUCUGCAGAUGGUGAACAUCAACGUCCGCGUCCUGAGCAGGCCCGACAACGGCAGGCUGCCCGAGAUCUACAGGCUCCUCGGCACGGACUUCGACGAGAAGGUGCUCCCGUCCAUCGUCAACGAGGUGCUGAAGAGCGUGGUGGCACAGUACAACGCCUCGCAGCUCAUCGUGCAGCGCGACCUCGUCAGCCGCAUGAUCCGGCAGCGGCUCAUGAAGCGAGCGGCCGACUUUCACAUUCUCUUGGACGAUGUGUCGAUCACACACCUGAAUUUCAGUCCAGAGUACGAGAAGGCAGUGGAGUCGAAGCAGGUGGCCCAGCAGCAUGCGGAGCGCGCGCGGUACCUGGUGCUGAAAGCGCAGGAGGAGAAGAAGAGAACUAUCAUCCACGCCGAGGGCGAGGCCGCGUCGGCGAAGAUGAUCGGCUCUGCCGUGAAGCAGAACCCGGGCUUUAUCGAGCUUCGGAAGAUCAGCGUUGCGAAAGAGAUCUCCGCCACGCUCGCCAAGUCGAACAAUCGUAUGCCCGUCGAUGAGCCCAUCCAGGCGGUACAGCAGGAGCCAGAAGGCACGACGUGGCGGUGGUGGUGA